AUGAAGUCAUUGUCCAUGCUGAUGGUUACGAGCCUGCCUCACGUUACCGUCACCAACAAAGUCCGUGACAGUGCCAUGGUAGUGGAUUUCGCCUUAAAACCACUAACCGAUAAACAGCCAUCGGAUGAAGAGAUCGCCCAACUUGUCGAAGUACUCGAACAACAACAAGGACAAGAACAAGAAUGA